AUGUCUUGGGGCUUGGCUUUGUACCUAUCAUGGUGCCUGUCUUGGGGCACGCUUGUUCUAGUCUUGGUCACAUUGGCUCUUAUCUUCAUGCAUGCACGACAGUGCUUGUCUUGGUGCACAUUGGUGCUUGUCUUAGUGUCUGGCACGGUGCAUGAUGUUGCUUGCCUUAGUUCAAGUUCGUAUUUUGUCUUGGUGCACGGUGGUGUUUGUCUUGUCUUGGUCAUGUUGGCUCUUGUCUUUAUGCACACUGGUGCUUGUUCUUGUGCACAUUGGUGCUUGUCUUGGUACACGUUGGUGCUUGUCUUAGUGCCUGGCCCAGUGCAUGAUGGUGCUUGCCUUUGUCCACGUUCAUUUUUGUCUUGGUUCAUGGUGGUGUUUGUCUUGGUGCACAUUGUAGAUUGUCUUGGUGCACAUUAG